CACGCCUCGCCCGUCGCUCCACGGGCUGCGCCGCGCAAUUGUGGAGCCGCAGGGGAGUGCGGGGCCGCAGAGCCGCCGGCGUGGGUGACCAAAGCCACAUAAUGUCAAUAGUUCGUUCAUCGGUCCAUGCCAAGUGGAUAGUAGGGAAGGUGAUUGGGACAGCAAUGCAAAAAACUGCUAAAGUGAGAGUUACUAGACUUGUUCUGGAUCCCUAUCUAUUAAAGUAUUUUAAUAAGCGAAAAACCUACUUUGCUCAUGACGCUCUUCAGCAGUGCACAGUUGGAGAUAUUGUGCUUCUCAAGGCUUUGCCUGUUCCACGCACGAAGCAUGUGAAACAUGAACUGGCUGAGAUCAUUUUCAAAGUUGGAAAAGUCAUAGACCCAGUGACUGGAAAGCCCUGUGCAGGCACCACCUACCUGGAAAGCCCAGUCAGUCAGGAAACCACCCACCUAGCCGAAAAUCUGAAAGAACUUGAUAUCUCUUCAAAACCCUGAAGGUGGAAUAGAAGAAGGAGCAAAUUUACAAGCUUCCUUUAUGGAAAAAUAAAUUUUUUAACCAGCUGUCCAGUUUCUCUUUUGAUG